AUGAUCACGGCAGCGAUCGUCGGCGCGGAGGUGAUGCGAGAGCACACCCCGCAUGUCCCCUACACGCCCGAAGAGAUCGCUGAGGAAGCGCGCCGAUGCAGGGAGUCGGGCGCGGCGAUGGUGCACGUGCAUGGCCGAAAGGAUGACGGCGCGCCGACCCAGGAUCGCGAGACCUUUGGCGAGAUCCUGAGGUUGAUCCGAGAGCGCAGCGAUGUCCUGGUGCAGUUCUCCACCGGCGGCGCGGUCGGCAUGGGCGUCGAGGAGCGCAUCGAAGGGCUCGAUCAUUGCCCGGAUAUGGCGACCCUGACCACGGGCACGGUGAACUUUGGCGAGGAGGUCUUUAUGAAUGACCUCCCGACGAUCCGCACGAUCGCCGAGCGCCUCAAGGAGAAGGGAGUGCGACCCGAGGUCGAGAUCUUCGACACGGGGAUGGUGGAUACAGCGCUGCGCCUUAUCAAGGAGGGGUUGCUCGAGCCGCCGCUGCACUUUGACUUCGUGCUCGGCGUCCAGGGAGGAAUGAGCGCGCGCAUCGAGAGCCUGGACUUUCUUAUCGGGAUGUUACCAGAGGGGAGCACGUGGUCUGUGGCGGGCAUGGGCCGCCACGAGCUCCCGCUCGCGAAGGCGGCCAUCGAUCGCGGCGGGCACGUUCGCGUGGGCCUCGAAGACAACAUUUAUAUAAGCAAAGGGGUGCUCGCCAGGGGGAGUUGGGAACUUGUCGACGCGGUCGUCGACUACGCGGAGCAAGCAGGCAGGCCCAUCGCGACGCCCUCCGAGGCUGCGGAGCUGCUGCAACUCACAAGAUAA